UCGGAAUUCGCCCGCCGGACGCUCGUGCGUCGCGCGAUUCGUAGCCGUGGGACGCGACUCUUUACGCAUGUGAAAAAGAAGAAUAUUAUAUAGUAGGUGGCCAGUGUUUUGGUGGAAUGUGAAUGUUUUUUUUUGCUGAUGCAGUACAAUGCGACAAGAUAAAAAGCAUCUGUAAUAAAAACAAAAACACAUCACAAUGGGUUUCGAAACCACCGCACUGCCGCUGAUAAAUGAAAUCUACCGAAAUUUAACCAAUAAAGUAGACAACUCCAGUCAAACUGACGUGGUCAGCGCAAGAGGACCACAUCCGAAGGUUUUCCACCUCUUCGUGUUGGUUGUCUAUGCUUUUGGUAUAAUUGGCAAUGCGGCAGCCAUCAUAGCAUUAAGGAGAGGAGAAAGAAGAGUCAGGAAUAGAAAGCAUCUUCUCUUGUUGACUUCUUUGGCAGCUAAUGACUUGGUAGCUUUGGUGGGCAUGAUGAGUUCGAUGGUGGUGGGCGAGCUGGUGCCAGGAGCAAAGGAGACCCAAAUGUUCUGCGCGAUCAGAGUGGUGCUUCGGGUGUUCGGGAUCGGGAGCGUCUGCAUUGCUGUCACGAUGGCGCUCGAGCGGUACCUGGCUCUGACCAGGCCGUUCCUGUACCAGAAGCAAGUCACAUACUACGUGAUCCGUCUGACGCUGCUCAUCACGUGGUUCUGGGCGGCCGUGCUGACCUGCGCCCCCAUCCUGGGUCUGGGGCUCUACUACAACGGCAAGUGUGUGCGGUACCGCAACGCUGUCAACAGCGUCGACAUUGUUUAUGCCAUCUUUUAUGUUAUCUUUGGCACGUUUCUCUGCGUGAUCCUGGUGUACUGCAACCUGGCCGUCAUCAGAGCCCUGUACGCCAUCACCGCGCCCAGGGCUGGUGAUGAGCCCGUGGUCCGUAGGGUGUCAAAAAGCAGCUGCCGCCAACGGGAGCGCAGCAUGACGUCUGGCAACAACCUUCACAUGCACCACAACGCGGCGACGGCUGAGGAAGUAGCCUUCAGUAGACUGAUGGCCACAUUAUCAGUUCUGUUCAUGAUCUGUUGGCUGCCGCAGAUGGUGACGUCAGCCCUCUUCCUCGGCCUAGGCCCGCCGUACUGGGCCAAGCUGGAAGUGCUGAGCAAACUGUCAGACAUGCUGAUGCUACUCAACUACGUGCUCAACCCUAUUCUCUACGUCCUCAUGCGCCAGCGCACUACGAUAUGCCAGGCGAUCGCACACUGCUUCAAGAGGAGUCACAAGACAUCGACUGAGUCGAUGACAAUGAAAACCUCGUGCUGCCCGCAAGAGACGCUUGUUGUGAGCGACAGUUCUGGAGAAAUGCGGCCACUCCGACCUAUUCCUUCCAACUGCCCACCAGGCCCCCAUCUACUCGACGAAUGACGAAAACCUUUCUUUACACGAUGCAGUGGACAAUGUCAUCGAAAAAAAAAUGUUUCGAAAGAUUAGAAGAAAAACUUUUUUUUUCUUUUCUUCUUUGUGGCAAUCAAAAAGAAAAACUUAGCCAAAAUGUUGAAUUUGGCGGGAUUUUUAAUGUUCGGAUACACUCUCGUAAACUCGCGAAUAGGUGUUAAUUUAUGUAAAUAAUCGAUUAUGUCUUCAUAAAAAUAUAUUUGAGUACUUACUAAUACCUAUUAGAGGUAUUUUAUAAGUAACAAUUAAAUAGAGAAUAACAAAUUGAAUCUUAUUUAUGUGUAUAAAAUGAUUCAGAGUUAUUAAGAUUUUUCAUUUACAAAUUUAGGUAAUGAUUAUAACAGAGUUAAUAAGUACAAUGAACCAAAGAUACAAACGUAGAUAAUAAUACCCUACAAUUAGUUUACAUUGUUAUAAUUAUAACACAUGGUGCCAUACUACCACAAAAGUUACCGUUAGAUUACAUGACAUUAGCAUGACAUGCAAUUAUUUACAUAACAUAAAAUAAAGACAUUUAAAUUUAGUUAUAUCUAUUUAUAAGUAUCUUACUUUAUAAGAAUAUUUUAAAAACAUUUGUUACACAUGUUGUGAAAAAAGAUCAGUCGCUUAUUAUUAAAAAUAGAAAUAUACCUAAGUAAAAUACCAGCAGCAUAAUAAACUAUUUUCAUAAAAUUAUUUCAUUUGAACACACUGAUCAUUGAAUAUAAAACACAGGAUGCUGAUGAACACUCUUAAAGCUUUAAUUAAAUGUUCUCUAAAAGAUUAGUUAUACCUAUUUUAUUACAUAAGAAUGAAGAAACUUAUCAUAUUUUAUUAAACUAAUUUAAUUUUGUGCCUUAUGCACAAAAGUUUUAAAAGAUUUUAGGUAUAUGUAUAUCUAGUUAAGAAUUUAGUUAUAUUACCGUUUACCUUAGUGAUCAUCGAUGUAUUGAUGUACUAAUAGUUAUACUUCAAUAAAUUUUGGACAUGA